AUGACCUUAUUAACUGUGAUAGUCUCACCCUAUGCUCCGGAAGUGUUCCUUCUCAGUGCAGUCUUCUUGUUAACUAUUUAUUGGAUCCAUCGUCGUCCCAAGCUUAAUGAACCUCCACUCGUACCUUGCGAGUAUCCAUUAAUCAGGCAUUCUUUCGAGUUUUUACAAAAUUCUCAUAAAUUUGUCAAACAAUGUCAUGAACAGUAUGGAGAUAUAUUUUCUUUCUACUCGUAUCGUCAAGUCUAUACCGUUGUCAGCAAUAGUCUAGCUUAUGAACUGUUUAGAACAUCUGAUUUCAGUUCCAGGGAUGGAUUUGAAGAAAAAUUUCUACUUGGCUAUCUCACCGGAUCAAACCUAUAUCCCGACUACGUGGGUGGUUUGGCUAAUUUAAUUAAGGGCGAUAGAUUUGUCAGACAUAUAGAAAAUUGUCAAUCGCGCAGCUAUCGCGAGCUACGAUGCGGUAUCGACCAGGUGUUUGGAGAUUGUGAGGAGACUAAAGUAAUCAACGAUCCUGAGAAAAGUUUAAGAUACAUCCUUUCGCGAGCAGCAGCAAAUAUCUUUGUUGGUGAGGAGUUGUGCAAAGAUGACGAAAUAGUGGAGACGUUCGCAACAUUUGCUGCUGUCUUGGUGCAGGCUAGAAGUCUUUCUCAGCUUACACUUGCCAUUCACCCUCGUCUUUAUCGAGAAUACUAUAGACUUGCUCUUAAUUAUGGUGGCAAUCCAGUACAAAAGCAUAAGGACCUUUUGAUAAAGAAGUUAAAGCCCGUUUUUGAGAAACGGUAUAGGGCCAUGCAGCAGUUUGGCGAUAAAUGGAAGCCUCCUGAUGAUCUUAUCCAGCAACUUGUUGACUAUUCUCUUGAAACAUUUGGUAAACUCCACUACGAUUCUAUCGCAUGCCGUUUGUUAAUACUCAUAUUUGCUUCCAUUCAUACUACGACUGGAGCUGUUACGGGUGUGCUUAAUGAGUUUGCGGCAAGACCAGAGUAUUGGAGGGAACUAAGAGAAGAGCAAGAAGCCAUAGCAGGAGAUGCUGAUUCUGAUUUGACUAUGGAUCAAAUAAACAAAAUGGAAAAACUGGAUAGUUUUGUCAAAGAAUCUUUUCGACUUAAAGGGAGUGUGCUGUUCGUUCCCCACCGUACAAUGAGCAAGUCUUAUACUUUCAGUAACGGAUAUCAAAUUCCCGAAGGGCGGCUGGUAUAUAUGAAUUUCAUUCCUUACGAACAUGAUCCAUCUCUACACGGCGAUGAGCCAGAAAAAUUCUCUGCGUUUCGACACGUCAACAAAUCUCCGUUUACUAAAGUCGGUAGGAAUUCGAUGACAUUUGGAUUAGGAAAACACGCGUGUCCUGGUCGAUGGUUUGCUAGUAGGCAUAUCAAAAUGAUACUUUCCAUACUUAUUAGAAAGUAUGACGUUAGCAUUGUAGAUGAAAAGCUACCAAAGUAUUUGGUAAUACGUGGCAUUAAUGUUGCUGCCUCUAUACCUUUAGCAUUUAAAGAAAGGAAUAAUGGACCUCCUCCCAAGUCUCUGAUCCAAAUAUAUGUAGAAAGAGCAUGUCAUCCGGCCCUCUAUGAACCUAACUUGGCCUUGGAUUUAGAAAUUGCAGAUGUGAUCAAUCAGAAGAAACAGAAUUAUCCACGGGAGGCGGCUAUGCAUAUUGUCAAAAUGAUUAAUCAUCGCAACCCCAAUGUGGCCAUGUUGGCAUUGACGUUAUUGGAUAUCUGUGUAAAAAAUUGCGGCUAUCCAUUCCAUAUGCAAAUAGCAACAAAAGAGUUUCUCAAUGAACUCGUUCGGAAGUUUCCAGACAAGCCUCCGAUUUUUCCAAAUCCCAUUCAGAUGAAAAUUCUUGAACUUAUUCAAGCAUGGAAGUCUACUUUAUGCGUCACAUCACGAUACAAGGAAGACUUACUACAUAUUAGCGACAUGCAUCGACUACUUACUUACAAGGGUUAUCGAUUUCCGGAAGUGGAUACAAAAUCGGCGUCUGUUUUGAACCCUGCUGAAGUCUUAAAAUCACCCGAAGAGCUAGAGGAAGAAGACAGGGCAGCACAAGCAGCGAAAUUGCAAGAAUUGAUCCGUAGAGGGUCUCCUGCUGAUCUUGCAGAAGCAAACGAACUUAUGAAGAUAAUGGCAGGAUAUGACCCGGAUGCCAAACCUGAUUACAAGAAACAGGCUUUCGAAGAAUUGGAACGCAUACGACGAAAGACUACGCUGUUAAAUGAUAUGCUUGAUGGAGUUAAGGAGGGGGAAAAGAUCGGAGACAAUGAUGUAUUUCACGAAUUAAUGACCUCGUGCAAGGGUGUCCAACCAAAAAUUCAAAAGUUAAUUACCGAGGAAGAGGAAUCGGACAGUAUUGAGAAGUUACUGUCAUUGAACGAUCUUAUCAAUAAUGUGCUAAAACGAUACGACAAUAUAUCAAAUGGCAUCUUCACCCCAGUCGAGCAGGUAGAACCAGCGCCGGAUAAAGCAGAAUCUGCAAACCAGGCUCCUCUCUUGAUCGAUUUCAGUAGUACAGGCUCUGCACCAUCUCAGAAUGUCCAAUCCACAAUGUCAUCUUCUGCUGUACCGGACUUGGUGUCUUCACUAAAUGAAUUGACACAACCGUUGUCAGAGUCAAUGCACAGUUCUCAAAUGUGGUCGUCGUGGGGGUCAAUGCAGCCACCUGCCCAGUCGCAGCAGCUAUGGCAAAAGCCGACUGGUGUGUUACAACCCCAAAGCACAGAGCUGCACCAGACGCAACAACCAGUGAGUUCGUCGUCAGUUGAUUCGUGGCUUCUCGAACUGGAAAAUAAUCCUCCGCGUGGUGCAAUUCAGCUGCCAUCAUCUUCGUCCACCAGUAGUAAUAAUAAUAAUAACGCCCAGAGAACUUCUAAUAAAGCGAACGUAAUCGAUGAUUUACUUGGAUUAUGA